CCUCCUCCUUUCCCAGCAGACAUUCUCCCAAAACCCUUUUCCCAUUUCUCUCUUAUACUUUAUACAUUACAAGCUACUAUAUAUAUACUUCCAUGUUCGGAUAAUUUUUAUCUCAUAAGUAAUUCAAAGCAUUGAGCAUAAAUUAAAUUUGUUAAUACUGCCUCAGCCAUUUUUGUCUGUGUCAAGUUCUUCUACAUGGAACCAACAUGUGUGGAUACUUCUCUUAACCUCAACGUUAUCCCUUCUCGGGACAAACCAGUUGCUGCGGUUGCUGAUCAGGUUUUGGUUGAAGAGUUGGAGCGUCUAAGCAGUGAGAAUAAGAGGCUAACCGAGAAACUGAACCACAUGUGCAACAAUUAUAUUGCUUUGCAAAAGCAUUUGAGUCAAUUCAGUCAAACAAAUUUUGAAAAUGAAUUAGUAUCACCAAUAUCGCGGAAGAGAAAGGCCGAGAGCGUUGAAAAUUGUUUCAAUCGGUUUGGCUAUGCCAUUGCUGAGAGCAGCACCAUUACUACUGAGGAGGAGACAUUCAAACACAACAACAUAAUCUCGCCAAAAGUUUCCAAGGUUCUUGUGCAAACAGAUGCAUCCAAUACCGGCUUAUAUGUGAAGGAUGGAUAUCAGUGGAGAAAAUAUGGUCAGAAAGUCACUAGAGAUAACCCCUCUCCUAGGGCUUACUUCAAGUGUUCCUUUGCUCCUGGCUGCCCUGUGAAGAAGAAGGUGCAAAGAAGUGUAGAAGACCAAAAUGUAUUAGUGACCACAUACGAAGGAGAGCACAACCAUGCACAUCACCAACCUGAAAUGUCACUCACUAGUUCAAACCAAAGUGAAACAACCCCUACAUAUAAUUUAGUUCCAGCAUCCUCGUCCUCACCAAUUAAUUGGCGUACAGCUCAAGCUUCAAAGCUUGACUUGGUCCAGCCAAGACAAUUGGUAGUUGAUGAUUCCCAUAAGUCAUCUAUCCAGCAGUUAUUAGUUCAGCAAAUGGCUACUUCUUUGACAAGAGAUCCUAAUUUCGCAGCAGCACUUGCCACUGCCAUUUCUGGAAGAAUAAUAAUUCUGGAUGUGGAAAACCCGAAGUAAAUUCACACUUGCAUGAUUUUGUUAUCUGUAUGGCUAUAUUCGAUGCCGGCCUUGAGAUAUUUCGUGUCUUAGGUCAACAAAAUAAUGACAUCUCAAUUUGAAAAGAAAAAGAAAAUCGGUCAAAAUAUUGAAAACAGAAGUGUUAUUAUAUAAACUAGACUUUUGAUCCGUGCGAUACCGAAUGAAAUAUAAACGAAGAAGUUAUAGCAUAAUGAAUGUAUAGUAACCAAUAAAAGUAGCAUGACAAAGUUUAAGUUAGCCCUAAUUUAAAAUAAUGAUAACAAAUCGAUAAGGUCAUAGUCUAGUUAUUGUUAACGUUUUACAUUUAUCAUCAUACGUUACGAAAUAUUUCACGGUAAACGACAUUUUACACGGAGAA